AUGGAUGUUGACCGUCACGGGAAGAAUAUAAAAGAUGUUCAGUCUGAGAUUGUGAAGCUGAAGGAGGAGAACCGGCUUAUUAAAACAGCGGUGGGAGAGUGCAAGCGACCAGUCAUCAUCCUGUUUGCUCUUCGCCGUAUCCUUGAUGCUGUGUGGAAGUGUGCCAAAGGCUGCAAAUUUCUCCGCGACAACAGGCUUUGUCUCACUCAAGCGCUGUCUCCCGAGGACAGGAGGAAGAUGGAGGAGCAACUGGCUCGGCAGGACGUGCGGGGGAUGACGAAGACAGGAAAGCCAGAGAGUUACUGGAGGGACAUCUGUGCCAAACAUGCCCAGGGCCUCUACCACUUUUCCACUGGCAAACGGCCAGGGGCCAAAAAAUGGAAGAAAGCCUUGGAGAGGAUCGAUGCUUGCCCCCUGCAGAGCAACACGAAGGAUCUGUUUGGGAGAAGCCUUCAGUGCACCUGCGGGUUCCACAAGCACAUCUGUCAUCAGGCACUGGGUCCAGUGCUGCUGGGUCCAGUGGUGCUGCUGGGUCCAGUGGUGCUGCUGGGUCCAGUGGUGCUGCUGCGUCCAGUGCUGCUGGGUCCAGUCGGGCUGGGACCAGUGCUGCUGGGUCCAGUGGUGCUGCUGGGUCCAGUGGUGCUGCUGGGUCCAGUGGUGCUGCUGGGUCAAGUGGUGCUGCUGCGUCCACUGCUGCUGGGUCCAGUCGGGCUGGGAACAGUACUGCUGCUGGGUCCAGUGGUGCUGCUGCGUCCAGUGGGGCUGCUGCGUCCAGUGGGGCUGCUGGGUCCAUCCGAGUCAGCACAGAGGAAGAGGGAGUCCGAGGAGACACAAAGGCAGGAGCAUCAGCUGCAGCACCCGGAGUGCAGUGCUUCCAGUGCAAGCAGCUUGUGGAUUGAGAGCGCUUUUCACAGCAUCUGCUUGACCAUCACACGGAGGAGACCUGUGACAGCUGCGGGGCCAAGCACCAACACCAUCUCCAACACCAUCACCAUCUCCGCUCCCCUCAUGCAGUUCUGCCAUGCCACCCCACACUCCGUUCAAAGCACCAUCCAUUUCUUGGCUUUCUUCCUGAGCCAUUUAGGAGAGUGA